AUGUGUUAUUUUUGCCUAAAGCAAGCGCUGGAACGCACCAUUCCGCUUGCCCUGGAGGAGCAGGAAAAACGAGCAAUAGAAACAAGGGCCCUCAAUGCGUGGUUUGAUGGAACAACCCAGGCAACAGUCGUUUGGGAAGAUUACGAUACGGAUCCACUGAAGGGCCUCAUCGCAGCAUUUCUAGACGAUACGGAAGUUUCGAGGGUGUCCAAGGACAAUUAUGUCGACCUUGUUGCCUGUUUGCAUACAUUGGCCAAGGACUGCAACCGUCGCAGCCCUGGAAAUGGACACGCGGACCCAUUGGCGUUUUCUUGCGCGGUCGUGGCAGAGCAAAUGCUGUCCCAGCUAAAAGAUGCGAAUUUCGUUCUGACUCCUCACCUCAUGAUGAGCAACUUGAAACAGGUCAUACGGCGCAUGCAGACGGUGGACGAUCCUGAUCCGUAUGGUUGUGCUGUGCAGAUGGGCGUUAAAGAUUGUCACUCUAUGGUCCGAAUAAUGGCAGAAAAGUUGGAACAAAGCUAG